AUGGCGGGAGCCUGCGCGGUCGCCGUGCCCGUGGCCACUCCAACCGCGCCGCCCCGAGGCGGCCCCGGGCCCAGCUCAAGCUUGGCGCCGCGAGGCAGCAGCUUCUCCCGCCGCAUGAACUGCCGGCGUGAUGACCCCCGCGUGGCCGCGCCCACGAGGAGCCGCGUCGUCACCCGUCUCUCCGGGCGCGACCCCGGCGAGGCCGGGACCGAAGCGGGCGUGGGGCAAAUCCUCAAGGGUGACUCCGGCUAUCUGUGGACAUUGGUGCUUGGAUCCCUUGGUGGCGCCGCGGUCAUAAAGUACGGAAGCAUCCUGCUCCCGGGCAUCACAAGGCCAAACAUUGUGGUAGCUCUGCUGAUGGUGUCCCUGCCAGUGGUAGCUGCAGUCUUGGUUUUGCUCAAAGCGAGCUCGGCGGACUGA